ACUUCCUUUGUCUCUCCCAUCCAUGGAGUCAACAAGAAGAGCUUCUCGAUAGAGGAAUCACUGAUGGGUAGCCUCGGAUGCGACGCCCAUGGCGUCUUGAACGACGCAGAGUUCAGCAAACCUAUGCCUUCGAUCGGUUUAUACGUAGCCAUCGCUUCACUAAUCUGCGCGCUAGCCAUGGCCGCCGACCUCCUCCACGGCUUCCGCCACCGAAAAUUCUGGUUCCCCUGUAAGUACUUCUCCCUCAACGCGACUUCUCUCACUUUCAUCGGCGUCGGGAUCAAACUCUCAGUAGAUCUCAACACCUCCAUGCCUAGUCGCCACGACCAGCUAUCCAAGCUCAGCAGCAGCGUCUUCGUCUGCACAGUGAUGGGCAACUCGAUGCCUUCACUAGGUAUAAUGGACAACAAAGAUCUUUUAAUGAAUCUCGUGGCCUUAGCGAUCCUCGUGGUCACAGACGUCGUCAACAUCUGUAUUCAGCUAGGUACGGGAGCCAUCUACGUCUUCAAAGAAGAACACUUCAUGGUCGUCCUCCUCAUGAUGCUUAUGCUGCUGAUCAUGAGUUUCUCCGCGACCACGGUCCCCACCACGAAGAGGAUCUUGGAGACCAAGUACAAGAAGAAGUACGAGGUGGCUUUGAAGUGUCCUUUGGCUACAGAGAGAACAACUGUAUCCAAAAAGAUUCAGCAAGAUUUGUCAAAGUUCUGGAUGAUGGCUCACACUAGUAGUCCUCAGUUCGUGAUGGCACGUUCCGUCACGUGCACUGCUUCUGGGUUUUUCUGUCUUCUUAGCGCCGUUACGCUUGGUGAAGCUGUUGUCCGGUCUUACUUGCUGAGACCGGGGACGACGAUGCUUGAGUUUUGCCGAGGAGAUUCUGAUUAUAAAUGGUCGACCUCUCUGGUUCUCGUUUGUCAGGGGAGUGCUGUGGCUGUAGGGACUGUCGCUCCUGCGAUUCGUUGGUUUACAGCUGUUAAGUUCAGGUGUCCGAUUCGAGGGAGUAGGAGUUAUAAGGAAGAGUUUCGAGUUGAGAGUUACUGGACGCAGUGGUUCUCUGAGAAGAAACAACGUCCCUUACCCUUAAGCCGUCUUUCGAUUCUCAAAGAUCGCAGCUGCAGGAAGACAGCGCACGACGCGAAACGCUGGCUGUUGGAUGUGUGUAUAGGUGUGCAGUAUGUUAUAGUGUUUGCCAGCAAGAUCAUCCGUUACGUCUCUGUCUACUGCGUGAGCAGAAUCUUGAUUUGUCUUCAUUUGGCGUUUAGAGCGACGGGUAGAAGUACAGUCUCUCACGUCGACUCGGAGAUGUCUGGUGGUGGUUCGAGACAGGAGCUGGCGAGCUUUGUACUGCAUCUCGAAGGAGAGGACGAGCUUGUGGAUUUAAUGGUGAGGAGCAACAGGGAGGCUACUGAUCAUUGGGUAAAGAAGGGUAGAAAGAACCAGCCGGUGAAUCUGAUAGAGCUUCUGGAAGCAAAUACGAAGAUUUCGAAAGGGUUCGAAGGGAUCAGAGAGUUUGACAGCAGCGAGGUGGCUUCUCUUGCCCCAUCGGGAGAGCCGCCUAACUGCUGGGCUCUCCCGUUGGUGACAAUGACAACCAUAGCUCUAUCUCUCCCCAACGUCAAGCCUUGUUCCGUUAAGAGGUUGCUUAACGCUGUCAACGAGGCGUUAGACUCUGUCAACAAGUUUGAAUGCGUCUUAGAUACAGGAGGAGAGUUGGCUAACCUCAGGAAAGCUGCUGAGGUGGUUUGGCUAGGAGUUGAUCUCUACCAUAAGUGGUUCGAUGUGGAUCUUCGGAAACUAUCUAAGCAGGAGAAGACUCCAGAAGAGACGCUUAGGGAGCUAGCGGAAGUGGCGAACAGAGAGUUUUCGGAGUCGUGGCAGAUGAACCUGAUGGUGUGUAUGAAGCACAAGCCUUCUCACUGGCCUAUCAAGACUCUAGCUGCCAACUCCAUGUACAGAAUCUGUCAAACCAUUCUUCUCAAUUACGAAACGAGGGACUACGGAACAGGGGAAGCUCUGUUGAGGAAGCUGGAAACCACGAUCUCGGACAUAGUUUCAGGCUGUUUCUGCAACGUGGUGCAAGUUGUAUCGGUUAAGUGUUUGGUUACGGCUGUUGAAGUGAGGGAAGAAUCGGUGAGAGGAGCGGCUCUGCAUCUCGGAAGAACGGAGAAGAUUCUAGAGAUUGUAGAGAGAAGACGAUUACCUGAACUGAGAUGUGAUCAGCUGAAGAAUAUUGAUGAAUGGAGAGCGUUCUACAAGAUGAACUCUUCUGACUGUAGUAGCAGAAAGACAGUUUCUUCUGAAUCAAAUGAAGUGUGCAUCACUGUUGACUAAUUUGUAAAAAACUGUUUGUAGAUAAGAGACCGUUUUAUGAUUGUUAUUGGUGAUGAUGCACUUCACAUGUAAUAAUUAUAUGUAUUACUUGCGUGAAAUGUAUCAGUAUCUCACUAUAUGCUAUUGAAGAAUGUCUCUGUUUCUUUGUCAAUGGUGAAUGUUAAUAUCGAUUAUUGAUUAAC